CCUGAAUUGGAGUUGAAAGUUGGAACAAACACCAGUUUGAUAUUAUAUUAACAGCCUAUAAUGACUGACAGCCCAAUCACAAAGCGGAAAACCUCCUCGGAGGCUCUUUCCCCAGAUUCCCAACAGCAUAGUAAGAGGGCGCGCACAGAUUCCCCAGGAAGGGAAUUGAAGGUAUGUUUCUUGCUCUGUUUAGAUAUAUUCUUGCCUGGUAAUUCUGGAAUUGACGCGUCCACUUUUGGACAGACCGAAGACGAUCCCCUGGAGAAGCCGCCAAUGCGAAUUGUCCCUUUCCCCGAAAAGCCAGCAGUUCUAGAGGAGCGCCGAGGCGAAAUUGAGUUCCGGGUGGUAAACAAUGACGGAUCGCGCGAUAGCUUCAUUGUCCUUACCGGGUUGAAAUGCAUUUUUCAGAAGCAGCUUCCGAAAAUGCCAAAGGAUUAUAUUGCGCGGCUGGUUUACGAUAGAUCGCACCUCUCAAUCGCCAUCGUCAAACAUCCACUGGAAGUUGUAGGCGGUAUAACCUACCGGCCGUUCAACAAUCGCAGAUUUGCGGAGAUAGUAUUCUGUGCCAUUUCAUCUGAUCAGCAAGUUAAAGGAUAUGGGACUCAUCUGAUGUCACAUUUGAAGGACUACGUCAAGGCAACGUCGGACAUCAUGCACUUCCUAACCUACGCCGAUAACUACGCGAUUGGAUACUUCAGAAAACAGGGAUUUACCAAGGAGAUCCAACUGGACAGGUCUAUAUGGAUGGGAUAUAUUAAAGAUUAUGAAGGUGGAACGAUCAUGCAAUGCACGAUGCUGCCGAGGAUUCGGUAUCUUGAAAUCGGGCGCAUGUUGCUUAAGCAGAAAGAGGCGGUCCACGCAAAGAUACGUGCGUUCAGCCGGUCACAUAUCGUUCAUCCGCCGCCCAAGGAAUGGAAGAAUGGAGUGAAUAAGAUUGAUCCGAUGAGCAUUCCUGCCAUUAAAGAGUCAGGGUGGUCGCCUGACAUGGAUGAGCUCGCCAGGCAACCGCGCCAUGGACCGAAUUAUAACCAACUCCUACACCUUCUCAACGAUAUGCAGAACCAUAGCGCAGCGUGGCCGUUCACCCAGCCGGUCAAUAAGGAUGAGGUACUCGACUACUACGAUGUCAUCAAGGAACCGAUGGAUUUGUCUACGAUGGAAGAAAAGCAUGAGAAGGACAUGUACCCGACGCCACAGGAUUUCAUCAAAGAUGCCGUGUUGAUGUUUGACAAUUGCCGACGGUACAAUAACGAAACUACUCCUUACGCCAAAAGCGCGAAUAGACUGGAGAAGUUCAUGUGGCAGCAGAUUUCCAACAUCCCUGAGUGGUCGCACUUGUCCGAAGGCCACUGAUGGAAGUUCUCAAUAAUCUGAUGGAGUUUUGGAUGGCGAUUUUGCUAGGUUGGUAGGGUUUGAUUUGAUUAUUGGAUUCAUGGUGAAUACCCGAAUUAGCAUGUGGCUCUUUAUUUGCGUAUAUAAUUUUUUUACCCCAAACAUCAUCAGGGGACGAAAUCAAUUGGAUUAUUCUGACAGACUGAAAGUAUGGUUCGUGACGUAUCCUGGAUGGGGAAGCUUCUGGGUCGUGUCGAUCUGCUAAAACAAUCCAGGGGCAGACUGGCGGCUGGUGACGAUGUGGUUCCAGGGCAUCCAGCCUUCGGGUUCUGAGCAAGAUCGUCUAUUUCUAUUCACCGUCGGCUUCGGAACGCCACUUCAACUGUUCCAUAGUGUUUCAGCGGGCAAUUGGUUUCUGGUUGUUCCAUUUUUCCCUGUUUCUCGUUGGCUGGUGGUGGAGCCAUUCAUUUCGGAUUAAUAUUGAGGCGGGCCGUUUUAUUGUUGAAGAA